AUGGAUCAAGCUACAGCAACUGUCGAUAUCGAUCCAACUACAGCACCUGACAACUUCCUGCCUGUCCUCCAGGAAGCUAUGGAUCGUCUGUUUGACACCGUCGGCAACACUAGUGACGAGCGAACGUACUCGACAAUCCUAAAGUGCCAGACACUUGACGAGGAAGGUCGCAAUGAAGAGGAUGGGCAAGUUUCGAGUUUGUGUACACCAACCCUCAAACUUCAGCUCGACGGCUACGAAGUGCGCAAAGGAGGAGCGGGAAUCGCAGAUUGGACCGGAAAACUUGUUGUUUUCAACCCCUCAGACCUUCAGAAUGCGUGCUUCCCAAUGAGCGUCUACUUGCUCGUGGAGUUGGCCAAGCUCAUGGACUUCAGUGCAACACUCGUCAGAGGCAGAAAGGGAGUCAAGGGCAGAGCAAAGCAGCGAGAAUGGACGGAACUCAAGGACAGCCUUACCGAAGAGUUUGACGGGGCUUUCCACCAGGACCCGGACACAAUCGUGAAAGCUCAGGACUUCUUGAGAAGCCUAUGGCCUGGAUACAGAGCUGGGCAGAUGGUAUCCCUCCCUGAAGCUGCCCAAGUCCUCAAUGAGAUCAACAGACGGAAGCUCGGCAAGAUCUACAUGUUUGACAAAUCGGGCAAAAAAAUUGGAUGUACGCCUGACUACAACAAUGUCGAUGGCCGUGUGCUGUCGAUGGUGUAUGAAGAAGAGAAUGAGCACUUCACGCCGGUCACUAAAGCACCCUCAUCUGCAACCUGGAUACGCCGAGCUGGCUAUGAGAUCGAUGAGGUCUUUUCAUACAUGAAACAGUGCGACGGAUGUGGCGUGUACUACAAUCAGAACUACCACAAAAACACGAAGACCUGCGAGGCCGAGCCCCACGUCCGGAUAAGAUGCACGACGUGCCAUGUUUGCUUCCAGAACAAGAAGUGCUACGACAACCAUUUGAGGAACCAUUUGAGGAACUCAUUGCAUUGCAUUUGCAUUGCAUUUGAGGAACUCGGUCAGCUGACUUCGGAAAUCCCCACCGGAUGGACAUGUGUGAGCUUCGUCUGUCCUGGCUCGAAGCAGUAUGCGGCUCUGUUGAAGAAGGACGGCGAGGAAGUGUACCAAGAGAUCAUUAAAACUCGAGGCAUCACGCAAGAUCUCGACAAUAAGGGGAAGCUGACAUUUAACCGCAUGAAGUGUAUGGCAACACAAUUUGUUGAGCGCUAUCAGAGCGAUGAAGCCGAACGAGCCGCUGCAGAAGCUCCAGAACCUUCGAUUGAAUUUAAUUAUAAGAAUAUUCGCAGGCCGAAGCCCGGAGUGCUAGAGACUGUUGCAGAACAUCUCGAUUCUAAUAUUAUACACAACAUGGAAUUGGUGCGCUAUUCGAAAUGCCCCGUCCCGUGCGAUGAAGACGGAAUGUGCUAUGGUCUAAAGGGGUACUCAUUCCCUGUCAUCUGUUCCAACCUCGAAUCGAACUUUCUCGCUGUCGCCACUAACUACUCGCCCUCGUCGUCCGACCUGGUAUUCGUCGUCGCGUUCGUGCUUCUUGUCGCCUACCUCCUGCGC